CAAGGUUGUCAUUCGGUCGUUCGUGCGGCAGCGUGCUAUAAUUUGAAAACUACAAAUUAGACCGAUUUUAAAAUUGUUUCUAAGAGUUGUAUGGAUUAAGAUACGUGUAAAAUAAAAUGUCGUGGUUAUUUGGAUAUUCCAGACCAUCUCAGCCUCCACCUGAAGGACCCCCUCCUGAUGGAGAGGCUGCGGCAGCUCCUCCAAAUCUAACAAAAGCUGAGAAGAAAGCCAUGGAAGCCUAUAGAUUUGAUUCUAGCGCUCUAGAAAGGGCUGCUCAAGCCGCUCGAGAGCUGGAACGGUCGAAACAUUCCAAGGAAGCACUUGAACUAAGCAAGCUGCAAGAAGCCACUCGGCAGCAAGAACAAAUGGCCAAGAUAAAGGAAUAUGAGGCUGCCAUAGAACAAGCCAAGGUGGAGCAGAGGAGGAUCGACCAUGAGGAGAGAAGAAAGACAUUGCAAGAAGAAACAAAACAGCAUCAAAUGCGCGCCCAGUACCAAGAUCAGCUGUCAAAGAAGCGUUAUGAGGAACAAUUGGUACAGCAGCAGAGAUCACAAGAAGAAAUAUUGAGGAAACAAGAAGAGAGUGUAGCGAAACAAGAGGCCCUCCGCCGCGCGACCAUAGAGCACGAAAUGGAGUUGCGCGAAAAGAACAAACUCAAGGCCAUAGAGGCAGAGGCCAGGGCGAGGGCGAAGGCCGAUAGAGAGAACAGAGACAUCAACCUGGAGCAGAUCAGACUGAAGGCCAUGGAGAAGAGGACUACCAUUUUGGAGAGCAUACAAACGGCUGGAAGCGUAAUAGGCGCGGGGGUGAAUGCUCUCCUAACUGACUGGGACAAGACACUGGCCGCGGCCGGGGGACUGUCCCUACUGGCGCUAGGAGUGUACGCCGCUAAGGGGGCUACUUCGGUCACCGCUAGGUUCAUUGAGGCUAGGAUUGGCAAGCCAACACUCGUGAAUGAGACAUCCCGGUUCUCACUGCUGGAAGCGGCGAAGCACCCGAUACUGAGCGCUUCCAAAGCUGUGGCGCGUCUUCGGAAACCAGCCGACGCACUAUCCGGAGUGGUACUGGCACCGAACCUGGAACGGAGACUGAGAGAUAUCGCCAUAGCAACGAAAAAUACGCGCCUAAAUCGCGGCUUUUAUAGGAAUCUGCUGAUGUAUGGACCGCCUGGAACGGGCAAAACGCUGUUCUCGAAGAAAUUGGCGAAACAUUCGGGCAUGGAGUACGCUAUAAUGACGGGCGGUGACGUCGCUCCGAUGGGCAAAGAUGCAGUCGCGGCCAUACACAAAGUAUUCGACUGGGCCAACACUAGCAGAAAAGGUGUGCUCUUAUUCAUCGACGAGGCGGACGCGUUCCUCCGCAAGCGCUCCUCAGAGCACAUAAGCGAAGACCUCCGUGCGGCUCUCAACGCGUUCCUCUACAGAACAUCGGACCAAAGCAGCAGGAUCAUGCUCGUGCUGGCCUCCAACACCCCGCAGCAAUUCGACUCGGCUAUCAAUGAUAGGCUCGAUAAGAUGAUCGAGUUUGGCCUACCCGGAUUGGAGGAGAGGGAACGCUUGAUUAGGCUCUACUUUGACAAGUUUGUGCUGAUCCCCGCGUCGGAAGGGAAGAGGCGUCUGAGCGUGGAGCUGUUCGACUACAGCGCGCUGUGCAGCACGCUGGCGGCGCGCACGGCGGGCAUGUCGGGCCGCGCGCUGUCCAAGCUGGGCGUGGCGUGGCAGGCGGCGGCCUACGCGUCCGACGACGGCCGGCUCACCGAGCGCAUGUGCGUCGCCAUCUGCGACGACGCGGUCGCCGACCACCGCCAGAAGAUGGAAUGGCUAUCCGCUGAGGAGAAAUCUCGCAGCAUGAUGCCGUAUCUACUAGACUUGCCGCCUCUAGAUACGACCGAUGAACCAAAAAAAGCCACAAUCAAGGAGUUGUCAGAGAAGAAGCGAUCAAAGAAACACUACGACCAGGACAAGUGACCACAGAUAAAAAAUACAACCAUAGACUGUGAUAGAACUUUCGACUUCACUGUUACCAGACCAAAAAAGUUUAUCACGCUCACAGAUAGUCAUAUGAUAGUGUUGAGGAUGUUGGCUACCCGUGUUAACAAAUAAGUUCCAUAGAUUAUAGAUGGUGUUUCGCGCAAUUGGUUUUAUGUUAUUGUUGUUUGGUUACACUUUUUUUUUUCACCGGUCAUAUGUACAACUAUCAAAUUAAUACAUGGUGUGUUCGUAUAAAACCAAUGUCAUAAAACGUAAUGCAGCUAAAUGAAUGGUGAUGAUAUUUGUUCCAAAAUCACUGUUCAUAAAACUAUUUAAAUUUAAAUACAAUAUUGAAUUUGAA